CAACUACUCGCCCAUCUACAAUGUCCAGUCAAACUUCUCCUUCCAGACCGGCGACCCGAUCGGACCGGAAUCCAAAGACAGUGAUGGCGGAUCGUCCAUCUGGGCCCUCCCCGACGGCACCACCAAACGUGCUACCAAACCGGAAAAGAUGAUUUUCCGCCCGGAGAUGUCUGCCAAGCGAAAACACAGCGAGCGAGGGACCGUCAGCUUUGCCACCUCAGCUUCCAAGUCCAAUCCCGACGAGCGAGUGGCCAGCAGCCAAUUCAUCAUCACCCUUGGCGAGAACAUUGAUCAACUCGACGGCAAAGCUGCCAUUUUCGGCGAGGUCGUCGAAGGCUUCGAUGCCCUUGAGAAGAUCAACGCCGCUUUCACCGACCACUCCGGGCGGCCAUUACAGGACAUUCGUCUAUUACACGCCGUUGUACUCGAUGACCCGUUUGAUGAUCCUCCAGGUGUUGUGGAACCUCCUGGAAGUCCUGUGCCGUCUGCAGAGCAACGCGCAACCGUGCGCAUAGCCCACGAUGAGGUUCUCGAGGAGAAUGCAGACCCCGAGCAACUCGAAAAGAUUCGCCGAGAGCGGGAGGCGCGAGCGCAAGCAUUGACGCUGGAGCUUAUUGGAGAUCUACCAUUCGCCGAGGUCACGCCACCGGAGCAGAUAUUGUUUGUUUGCAAGCUCAACCCAGUCACUCGCGAUGAAGACCUCGAGCUCAUCUUCUCCCGCUUCGGCAAGAUUCUCUCCUGUGAAAUCAUCCGAGACAAGAAGACUGGAGACAGCCUGCAAUACGCCUUCAUCGAGUUUGGCAAUAAGGAAGAUUGCGAGCGCGCCUACUUCAAAAUGCAAGGCGUUCUGAUUGACGACCACCGCAUCCACGUCGACUUCUCACAGAGUGUCUCCAAGCUAUCCGCUGAUUGGCGCAAUACCACCAAUUCCAAGACGGCUAGAUAUCGGGGUGGGUUUGGCGGCAUUGAUAGUUUGGAGAAGCGGAGGCAGUAUCGUGGGUCGGACGAUAGGCGUGAUCGCGAGAGAGGCGAUAAGUACAACUACGUCUUCGAAAAGACCGAUCGGAAAACGGACUCGGUUUCACGAAGGCACCGAUCUCGAAGUCGUAGCCCGAAAGGGCGUGAGAGACACGAGCGCGAACGAGAUGUACGGGAUGAUAGGUAUUCCGACGAUCGAAAGCGAAGACGAAGUAGAGACCGAUACGACGAUCGUGAUCGAGGUCCCAGGAGAUAGCGAGGAUGUCGUCGUUCACUGCACCGCGCUCACCUGGGGAACGGUUACAGCCGGGCCGGAAGCGGAAGGAGGCGCAGGCCUCACAUUCACGAGGAAAGGGCGAGGCGAGUGACGGCUUUGUUGACGAGUAUAAUGAAGACUUUAUUCACCAUCAACAUUCCCUGUGUUGCGUCGCUUUUCUUUGUCACAACUUCCGCAUUCAGCUUCAAGGGAUCAAAACUCGGCAUUUCUUCGACGAAAUGGAUACGAUGGACACCUCGACACCCGACACGACUACUGAACCCGACGACACUACUCAACUCGACAAGAUGUGCGACAAUGAGAAGGUGCUUGUGUACCACUACCGCGGCGA